AUGCCAAUCGAACAGGUGUCACCCGGCCUGGAACGGAUCAUAGGUUUAGAUCAGGAAGUCGAAUGGCUCGCCAGCGGUUUCGGCGGCGACGGUUCGGCUCUCGGCGUGCCGUGGUGGCCGGCCGAGGGUCCUGUCUGGUUCCAGGAGGGCGGCUAUCUCCUGUUCAGCGACAUCGGCGGCAACCGCCGCAUGCGCUACAACGACGCCGACGGUCUGUCCGAGUUUCAGUCUGGGACCAACGAGGCCAACGGACUCGCCCGGGAUCCGCUGGGCCGGCUGCUCGCCUGCGAACACGACGCCCGCCGCGUGACCCGGCAGGAGGCCGACGGCGGGAUCACCGUCGUCGCCGACAACUACCAGGGCAAGCGGCUCAACCGUCCCAAUGACCUGGUGGUCAAGUCCGAUGGCGCCGUCUAUUUCACUGACCCUUACCGCGAUACCUACCCCGGCAUGGAACUCGGGUUCGCUGGGGUGUAUCGAGUAUCUCCUGACCUCAGCGACAUCGCGCUGCUGAUCGACGAUUACGUCGGGCCCAACGGGAUCUGUUUCUCCCCGGGCGAGAGCAUCCUGUACGUCAACGAUUCCCGGGUGGGCCUCAUCAAAGCCUGGGACGUUCGCCCCGACGGGGGUAUCGAAAACGGGCGCCUACUGUGCGUGCUCGCCGACGAACGCCCCGGCGUGCCCGACGGCAUGAAGUGCGACCUCGAAGGCAACAUCUACGUGACCGGCCCCGGCGGCGUCUGGAUUGUCGCUCCCGACGGGCAUCAUCUCGGCACCAUCGCCCUGGGCGACGGCAGGCGCGCCACCAACGUCGGCUUCGGCGGGGGCGACUGGAAGACUCUCUACAUCACCACCUUCGAAGAGCUUGGCCGGGUUCGCGUGAAUAUUCCGGGAGUGCCCGUGCCGCGUAUCAUCUGAGUGGCCGGGCAACCACAAUGAAAAGGGCAGGUUCGCGGACCCGCCCUUCCCAGUUUGUGCCUUCUCUUUCCGACUAUCUCCCGGUGCGAAUGUAGUCCGCCACCUUCUCGCCGAUCAUUAUCGUCGUGGCGUUGGUGUUCGCCCGUAUGCAGUCCGGCAUGACCGAAGCGUCGGCCACCCGGAUGUUCUCCAAUCCGUGGAUCCUGCCCUGCUGGUCAACCACCGCCAUGUCGUCGCUCGCCGGCCCCAUCUUGCAGGUACCUGACACAUGGUGGGACGUGCCCGAGUUCCGCAUCAGCCAGUCGUCCAGCGACGCAUCCGACGUCAGGUCGGCGUCAACCGGGUUGACCCGGUCGAGCAGGAUAUCCCGGUACGACUGGUGCUCUCCGAUCUCGAUACACGUGCGGAUGGCUUUGCGCAUCCGC